GGUUGGAAGUAGAUUCCCUACUGGGACGCCCAAACCCAAUGACUUGCUUUACCAUUGUGAAAGCCCCCUCUCCUUUCGCACCUCUUUCGUUAUCGUUAGUGGUUAUUUCCUCUUUAUAGUCUCCCCAACUUGAAGAAUAUGGAAGAUGAGAGUAGGGAUGAGAAUUGGGGGGCAUAGAUCUUCAGUUAGAUGGAAAAUGAUGAGGUAAUAUUUUAACUGAACCAAUUGGUUACAUAGAGUCAUGUUUCUCAGCUAAGAAUGGUACACCAAGGCAACCAACCAUUUGCAGUUUGUCACGUGCUUGUUUGAGGAUAAGAAAAAGUGUCUUUAACAAUCCUGAACAUUCUGUAAUGGGCUUAGAACAGUUUUCACAUGUUUGGAUUUUGUUUGUUUUUCAUAAAAAUGGUCAUUUGAGUUGUAAGGCAAAAGUGCAGCCUCCUCGCUUGAAUGGUACAAAGACUGGAAUCUUCUCCACGAGGAGUCCCCAUCGCCCUAAUGCCAUUGGACUUACUCUUGCCAAGCUGGACAGAGUAGAAGGAGGAACCAUAUACCUCUCUGGAAUUGACAUGAUAAAUGGCACACCUGUUCUGGACAUAAAACCAUAUAUAGCUGACUAUGAUUCACCACAGGAUCUAAUUUACCCUUUAGAUGAGCUCAGUUUACAAGAAAGGGAACAGAAACUAAAAGAUUUGCCUUGCUCGAUUAACAUGGCUGGUAAUAAUGAGCAGGAGCUGAGAACUGAGGGCUUCAGGCCUCAGAGCCACAGUAGGGAGGGGAAACACCCUGCAGACCAAAUAGCAAAAGAAAAAUAUUUGAAAGAAAAAGACUCAACAGAUGUGCAACACCUGCUACAUAAGUUCAAGAGCACAACAGCAGAUUGCAAUGUAGAAACAGGAGUAAAUCAGAAUUCAGGUAGAGAUGUAGGACAGAUUGGCUUGCAUCAGUCAAAGGAAUGUAUAAACAAUAGUUUAAGCAUGGUGGAAGGAGAUGCAGUUAUGCAAGAAAACUCAGAGACUCAGCACCAUUCCAUCGUGGGCGAUGCUGCCCCUGCCAGUUGUGUUGCAUCCUGGGUGAAAGAUUCUCCUGUGACUACUUUAGAAGUCCGGUUUACACCUAAUGCAGAAAUGGACCUUGAACGCUUUAGUUUGGAAGAUGAUACAGCAGAUGCCAGCAUCACUUCAUUUAAAUAUUUUCGAUCGGUGAAAGAGGCAAAGUGUGCCAUUAUUGCUGUAUUAGCUGCCGAUCCCCGUUCUGUGUAUAGAAGGAAACAUUGCCAAGACCGUCUUUUCUACUUUUCAAUGGACACGGCCCAUAUUACUUGCUGGUUUGGCGAUGGGUUUGCAGAAGUGCUCAGGAUCAAGCAUACUGACACUGUUGAGAACCCAGUUUGGCAGUGUUCCUUACAGCCAGCUUCCUCUUAAGUCAUGCAGAGCAGAUUCUCUUCCUCCAACCUCAUUCCUUCUCCAGUGGUCGGUUGUGGGCUGUACCAGCGCUUUCCUGCAGUACAUGUUUCCAUAUUCCCAUGCUGUGGCAGACGACACGUCACACACAGAAAACUCACAAAGGGAAUAAAGUGACACAGGCUGUGUUUGAUCCGCAGUCACUUCCGCAUUUUUCUAA